AUAUUGAGAGUAUAAACUUUACUAGGUAAAUAGAUUUUUUCGUGUUUUUGGAGGAUUUGAUGCUUUAAAGUUGAAUUGAAGCUUGUUUCUGGGUCAUCCCCUAGUGGUCACUUCUACUUCCGUGUCGUGUACGGCACGGGGCCCGUAAGAGGUUAGACAAGUCACUAAUGCAAAGUAAAAGACAGUAAAGCUGACUGACUUUAUUUGUGUGUUCAGUAAUAAUGUAUUACAGUUUUUUUCAGUCGCUAACAAGCGUUUGUCCAAACAGUUGUCACAUUUUCAAAACUCUAAACACAAUUAGCACAGCAUCAGUCUUUUGUGGCCAUACCUUUCACACAGUUUAUGUCCUUUUCACACAAUAUGCAAUCAGUGAACACAUUUCCACAAUGCUUACAUUUUCUUAACAGACAAGCUAUACCCCCCAACAAAAUUAUGGAUUGUUUUUGUAAUAUUCACAAAUGUUAACACACAACAUCCCACAAUAGCAAAAACAAUAUUCCAAACCUUAGAUACAGUAUAAAAACCUCUGCUUCUGCAAUGAUAUCAGUUAAAAAACAAUAUAUCUCAGCUGAUGAUCAACAAACAAUCACCUCCAUUAUUCGCAUCUUUCAACAAACCAACAGAAUGCAACAUCUUCCACACUCUGUGGGAAGAGGAAAGAUCCUCAAUAAUGAUCAAGAGCUUGCCAUUGUAGAAAUAGUUGUUGCAAAUAAUGCAAUAAAACUGCAUGAAAUUAAAACUAGAAUUGUGGAGGACCAUGAGAUAUUUGGCAAUAUAGAAAGCAUCAGCCUCACAACCAUUACCCGGACAUUGUCCAAACACAGAGUGCGGAUGAAGCAGCUCUACACUGUUCCUUUUGAGAGGAACAGUGAGAGAGUCAAGGAGCUACAACGACAAUAUGUCCAGAGAGUUAUGGAAUUGAAGGCCAACCAGGCCCUUCAUGAAUUCAUUUACUGUACUUAGAUGAGGCAGGAUUCAAUCUAUCCAAAAGGCGUCGACGUGGACGAAAUAUAAUUGGAAAAAGGGCCACAGUUGAUGUGCCAGGACCGAGAGGGGCAGACAUUACCAUGUGUGCAGCAAUGGCAAAUGCAGGAUUACUCCUUCACAGAUGUCAGGUCAUCAAUAGGGGAAAACAAUGGAACUCAUCAUCAAAGACAUAAGUGGAACAACGCAGCUUGUGAAUGUGCUGCCAAGUACCACCAUUGGUGAACUGAAGCAGCAUAUUGCCCCUCACUUUGGGGCAAGAGCCUCACGCCUGAAGCUUUCAGCCCUCAGUGGUCAGAUCCUGGACAAUGAUCAGAUGACCGUGAGCCAAUACAGUCUGAGUUCAGGAUCCACCGUGAUGCUCCUGAUCUCCACAAGCCCCAUGCCCUUUCAGGUGUUUGUGAAGAAUGAGAAGGGACAGAUGAGGACAUACGACAUCACUGAUGAAGUAACCGUUGAUCAGUUGAUGACGAAUAUCUACCAGAAAGAGCGAACACCAGUGGACCAGCAGCGGCUGAUCUACAAUGGCCAACAGCUCCAGUGUGGCAAUAAACUGCAGGAUUAUGGCAUUGGUCCAGAAAGUACCAUUUUUAUGACCCCCCAUCUCCGUGGAGGCUGAUGAGACAAAAAACACCUGGACAUCAUGUUUGUCCUAUUUAACACCACAGAACAAAAUAUUAAUAUAAUAAUAAUAUUAAAAGUACUGUGUAUGUUCCAUGACUGAUUCAGUUACAGUCAGCUCAUUCUCAUAUUUAACCCCCAAGUAAUCACAUCUGGACACCUAUUUACUUCUCCUUCCUGACACACUUCUGCAGACGCUUUAGACCAACACAGAAAAUUAUCUUAAUGGUCAAAUUUAUUUAUUGAUUUAUUUAUUGUUAUUAUUUAUUAUUUAAUGACAUCUGUAUAACCAUCUUUAUAAUAUACAUAAUAAUUGUUGUUUAGUAACAAGUCCAAAACAUACUUUUGAUAUUAAGUGGAAAAUGCUGUAACUUAAAUAUUGUACUCUUGCUUUUUGGUGUAUUUUCCUACUGAUACAUUCAAAUAAAAAUAAUAAAACUCA